GAGCGUGUGUGUGUGUGUGUGUGUGUGUGUCAGGGUAUUGUGUAGUGUGUGUGCGUGUGUGCAUGAGUGUGGGGUGUGUGUGGAGCUCCUGCGCUCCGCUCGCGGCCGCCACCGAGGAAGGACGGACAGACGGCGCUUCUGCCUCCGGCCAGCGGUUCUUUGGGCAUCUCGGCUCGGCCCGGGCGCGAGUGGAGCGCGCCUGGCUGGCCGCUGGCCUCCGGAAGGUCCCACUGCGUCCCCCCCUGGGCUGGAUAUGUUCAUGUUCACGUGAAGAUGGAUUUAGUGUACGGUCUCGUGUGGCUGCUGACAGUCCUGCUGGAGGGGAUCUCUGGCCAAGGAGUGUACGCUCCUCCAACCGUUCGUAUUGUGCAUUCAGGCUUGGCCUGUAACAUUGAGGAAGAACGCUACUCUGAAAGGGUCUACACAAUCCGCGAAGGAGAAACCCUAGAAUUGACCUGUCUCGUCACAGGACAUCCACGUCCACAGAUCAGGUGGACCAAGACAGCAGGAAGUGCCUCUGACAGAUUCCAAGACUCCAGUGUCUUCAAUGAGACGUUGAGAAUUACAAAUAUCCAGAGACACCAAGGAGGCCGGUAUUACUGUAAAGCGGAGAAUGGCCUGGGGUCCCCAGCUAUAAAGUCAAUCAGAGUGGAUGUUUACUAUUUGGAUGAUCCAGUAGUUACUGUCCAUCAGAGUAUAGGUGAAGCUAAAGAACAGUUCUACUAUGAGAGAACGGUGUUCCUCCGCUGUGUGGCCAACUCCAAUCCACCCGUGCGGUAUAGCUGGAGGCGUGGCCAGGAGGUGUUACUACAAGGGUCUGAUAAAGGCGUUGAGAUUUAUGAGCCCUUCUUUACCCAGGGUGAAACAAAGAUCUUAAAACUAAAGAAUCUUCGACCUCAGGACUAUGCUAACUACAGUUGCAUUGCUUCAGUGAGGAACGUUUGUAAUAUUCCUGAUAAGAUGGUGUCAUUUAGACUCUCCAAUAAAACAGCCUCUCCGUCAAUUAAACUCCUGGUGGAUGACCCUAUAGUUGUGAAUCCUGGAGAGGCCAUAACAUUAGUGUGUGUUACAACGGGAGGAGAGCCUGCACCUUCCCUUACCUGGGUCAGGUCCUUUGGGACUCUUCCUGAAAAGAUUGUUUUGAAUGGAGGAACUCUGACUAUACCCGCCAUCACCUCAGAUGAUGCUGGUACUUACAGCUGCCUUGCCAAUAAUAACGUGGGAAACCCUGCAAAAAAGUCCACCAACAUUAUUGUGAGAGCACUAAAGAAAGGACGAUUUUGGAUCACCCCUGAUCCUUAUCACAAAGAUGACAACAUCCAGAUUGGACGGGAGGUGAAAAUAUCUUGCCAAGUGGAAGCUGUCCCUUCCGAGGAGUUAACUUUCAGUUGGUUUAAAAACGGCCGUCCACUGAGAAGCUCUGAGCGGAUGGUGAUCACGCAGACUGACCCUGACGUCUCCCCCGGAACCACAAACCUGGAUAUCAUUGAUUUAAAAUUCACGGAUUUUGGGACAUACACAUGUGUAGCCUCUCUGAAAGGAGGAGGAAUAUCUGAUAUCAGCAUUGAUGUUAAUAUUUCCAGCAGCACAGUUCCACCCAAUCUGACUGUUCCACAGGAAAAAUCACCUUUGGUCACCAGAGAAGGAGACACAAUAGAACUGCAAUGUCAAGUAACUGGAAAACCUAAACCAAUCAUCCUUUGGUCUAGAGCGGAUAAAGAGGUGGCCAUGCCUGAUGGGUCCAUGCAAAUGGAGAGUUACGAUGGAACACUGAGGAUUGUGAACGUGUCUAGGGAAAUGUCAGGAAUGUACAGAUGCCAGACCAGUCAGUACAAUGGAUUUAACGUGAAACCAAGAGAAGCCUUGGUGCAGCUCAUCGUUCAGUAUCCUCCUGCAGUGGAACCAGGAUUCCUGGAAAUUCGGCAAGGACAGGAUCGCAGUGUCACUAUGAGCUGCAGGGUACUGAGAGCCUACCCGAUCCGGGUGCUGACCUAUGAAUGGCGCUUGGGUAAUAAGCUGUUACGAACCGGUCAGUUUGAUUCUCAGGAAUACACAGAGUAUCCAGUGAAGAGUCUUUCCAAUGAACACUACGGAGUUUACAAUUGCAGCAUCAUCAAUGAAGCCGGGGCUGGGAGAUGCAGCUUUCUUAUCACAGGAAAGGCCUAUGCUCCAGAAUUUUAUUAUGACACGUACAAUCCAGUGUGGCAGAACAGACAUCGUGUGUAUUCCUACAGUCUGCAGUGGACACAAAUGAAUCCUGAUGCGGUAGACCGGAUUGUUGCUUAUCGGUUGGGUAUUCGGCAGGCUGGACAACAACGAUGGUGGGAACAGGAGAUUAAAAUAAAUGGGAAUAUUCAAAAGGGAGAACUAAUUACAUAUAACUUGACUGAGCUAAUUAAACCAGAGGCUUAUGAGGUCCGACUGACUCCUCUCACUAAAUUUGGUGAAGGAGAUUCAACCAUUCGUGUGAUCAAAUAUAGUGCACCUGUAAAUCCUCAUUUGAGAGAAUUUCACUGUGGAUUUGAAGACGGUAAUAUUUGUUUGUUUACUCAAGAUGAUACAGACAAUUUUGACUGGACAAAGCAAAGUACUGCCACAAGAAAUACAAAAUAUACUCCUAACACAGGACCUAAUGCAGAUCGUUCAGGUUCCAAAGAAGGGUUUUAUAUGUACAUUGAGACAUCUCGGCCUAGACUGGAAGGAGAAAAAGCUCGACUUCUCAGCCCUGUUUUCAGCAUAGCUCCCAAAAAUCCUUAUGGACCUACAAACACUGCAUACUGCUUCAGCUUCUUUUAUCACAUGUACGGACAGCACAUAGGUGUUUUAAAUGUUUACCUACGCUUGAAAGGGCAGACAACAAUAGAGAAUCCGCUGUGGUCUUCAAGUGGAAAUAAAGGACAGCGAUGGAACGAGGCACAUGUUAAUAUAUAUCCAAUCACAUCAUUUCAGCUCAUAUUUGAAGGUAUCCGCGGCCCUGGCAUAGAAGGUGACAUCGCCAUCGACGAUGUAUCCAUCGCAGAAGGCGAAUGUGCAAAACAAGACUUAACAACUAAGAAUUCUGUUGAUGGUGCUGUUGGGAUUUUAGUUCACUUAUGGCUUUUCCCAGUUAUUGUUCUCAUCUCUAUCUUAAGUCCUCGAAGGUGACCUUAUUCUGGCAGAGGCUGUAAAGGCACCAGGCCCUGGCAUGAAGAAAGAGUCUUUGUAAAUGGACAUUGAAUAAACAAACUACCAAAGAUUCCUCCACUGACUACUGACUCUAAAAUAAUAAAAACACAUUUUUUUAAGCACUGGAGAUUGAAAAUAAGAAAAGAUAUCAUGGAAGUAUAACUUAUUCCAAACUUCAUAUAAAGAUAAUCUUGACCUGAGUAGAGAAGAGACAUACAGGUGCUUUGUGGCUAAAAAGAAUACAGCAUCAUCUGGUUGAACUCUGGAAAAAAAAUUUAAAAAAAUUAAAAAGAAAAAAAAAGGAAAAAAAAAGAGCUAUAGAAAUCCUCGUCAAAGCACAAAGUCAUGGCUGGUUUUGUUUCAAAUGAAUAGUUUGCUUGUUACCAUGGAAACCUAAUGGCCUGCCAACAAAAACCUCACUGUAAACAGGGUACGUGAAGAGCUGGCAUUUAUUUUCCUUUCAAGAAGGUUUUGCAUAGAGAAUUAAAUAAAUGUAAGGCCCUUUUACCUUUGGCUGUUACCCUUCCUCGAAAAUAACCCCAACUAAGUAUUAUUUAAAACAUUUAUGUUCCUCCCCACCCCACCCUCCUUU